AUCAGAUUCAUUGUGAUUCGGCGGUGGCUUUUGUCUACAUGCAGAAUGGCGUUCAACUUGGCUGUAUUUUCGUAUAUCGUAGCGUUGAUCGGCGACGCGUUCCUAAUAUUUUUCGCGAUAUUUCAUGUAAUCACGUUUGAUGAAUUAAAGACUGGAUACAAAAAUCCUAUCGAUCAAUGUAAUAAUUUAAAUCCGCUUGUUCUACCAGAGUACAUAUUGCACAUUGUGAUUAAUGUUUUAUUUUUGAUUGGUGAACAAUACUUUUCACUAUUUAUCAACAUCCCGUUGAUAGCCUAUCAUGUAUGGCGGUACAUGAAUAGGCCUCUGAUGACGGAAUCAGGCUUGUAUGAUCCUACAAGUAUAAUGAACGCUUACGAUUUAUCUAUGUACCAUAGAGAAGGAUGGAUCAAACUAGCAUUUUAUCUUCUUUCAUUUUUCUAUUACCUGUAUGGAAUGAUCAGCUCAUUGAUCAAUUGAAAUUGAUGAUCAUCAAAAUCUAGAAGAUCUAAAAGAUUUUCCAUUUACUUCGCACAACUAUGGUACAAUGGUUGCUCAUGUUGAAAAUACAAGUGGCAUUUCAUCUAAUUUAAUAUAAUGGGAGUUUUGUAAUAACAACGGGAGAAACAUUCUCUGAUCCU